AUGCACGAGAUCUCCUUGCGAGGCCUCCCCGCCGGCUCGACAUCGGGCCUCUUCAAGGUUCAGGAAGGGGGGGCAAGUAACGACGACCUCAACAACAACGACGACGACAAACACGCCUCCGGUGAUACCAAAGGUGGCGGCGAGCUGCCCUCCAACGGCUCCAACAAGAAGCCGUUAGCAACGACCUUACCGGGUGCGAGGAGCGCAAGCACAAGACUAGCCCCGUCCGCCAGUCGGCAAACCACCAGAUCACCUUCCCUCGGACGCCACCACGAGGGGGAUUGGGUAGGGGGCACCGUGAUCGCGGCUGGUGGGAGGGGCGGGGCUGCCCGCGGCACAGAUGGAGGACGAGGGGGCAACGCGGCGGAGGUUGUUGAUAGGGGGGUAGGGGGGGGUUCGGAGGCUGGUGUCGACGGGAGUGCAGACGUUGAAGACGGCAGCGACGGCGGCGGUUCGGUGAGGGAGCGGCACAACUCCACGGGGCUUGCCGACCGGGCGGAAACGGAAGGCAGAGGACGACCAAGAAGGAGGCUUCCGGCUAUGCCGUCCGCGCAAGCUGUGGCCGAGAUGCAAACGCUGCCCUUGUCGGACGAAGGGGGGGACAGUAGCGAUUCCGGAAGCAACGAUGAUGACCCCGCCAGCAUGCAGCCUGUAGCGGCGAGUUGGCGCCUGACGGGAGACAGGGGCAAGUUUCGAAAGAUACUGGCCAAGUUCGAGGCUGGACCACGCACUACGCCAGAUCCGAGUGCAGCUGAGGGAGAUAAAGGAAACGCUGACGAGGAGAUGCAAGCUGCAGCGGCAGGCGGGAAAAGACAACAAGCUGUGGAAGCGGACUUGGGCUGGGGCGAUAGCGUCGAAACAAGUCGAGGCGAGCAACAGACCGUGACAAAGCGGCAGCGGCAGGAAGAGGGGGGAAGUGAGAGCGGGGAGAAUGAGGGCGAUGCUGAAGAGGACAACGAGCGUUUCGCUUACAUUUCCAGCAGUGUGAGCACCAGUUCCAGCAGCCUCGAAACAGAGCACGUCAACCCGCUGGCACUCAUGCAAGACCCGGUCUCCAUCAGACCAAGUGAGAGGCCCAACAACCCCACUACGCCGUGGGCCUUCUCCGCUGCCACUGCUCCCGCUCGAGACGCCACUGGUGCCAACACUAAGGGAGCGGAGGGUGCGCCUCCCGGGAAAAACGAAUACCCUUCUUUCCCCGGUACGCGCGGCGAAGAAGCCACCCGCAGUAGCAACUCCCGUCGAUCCUCUCGAUUCCUCCGGCGGGCCAGGUCUUGGACUGCCAAGAAACGGCGGAGCCCCCAACGGGCCGGCAACAGCGAUAACGACGACGGUGAAAGCAGCAGCGGCUGUAGCAGAAGCAACAGCCCGCGCAGGGCAUCUGCGGGGAUGUUGGGAGCCCUGCAGAGGAGCUUCCGCGGCCGGCUGAAAACGAACAGGCUUACCUCGACUCCUCCGCUAACAACAACACGAAGACGAUGGCCGAAGAGCGACGAAGCGGAGAAGAAGGGCUUGGGGGGAUUGUUUCUAGCGAGGGCUAGAGGCACGGCAGCAGCAGCCGCAGCGGACGGCAGAAGAAACGGUGGCUGCCCACCAGACUCGCAACAGGCAACCCCAGUGUCGGAUCCGGAACGAUAAGGUUGCACGGAAAGAGCGCCUUUGUGGUGUAGCAAACCCGGCAGAUUGCUGCUUGUCCAUCGGUCGGUGUUUUAAGGCUCCUACACAAACUUGCAUUUUAUGUUGGUAUGGUUGCAUCGGAUAUCAACGAGGUAGCCUAGGGCCGACGCACGUUCGUUCAUAGUCUUAUGUUGCCGGUUUACGUGUUGCUUGUUGUGGGGGUCGAUCAAUAUGAUGUAGGUCGUGGGCUACGACGCAUAAAGCAUGCAUAGGGUACUUUUUUCCUGAUGGCUCCACCUCUUACAUUGUGCCUCUCAUAGCUCGAGAGACUAAGCUCGCUUUUGCGUCUCGAGCUUGAUACCAAGCACCACUCUGUAUCUACACCUACGCUAUCUUUUUCGCAAAUACAUUUUUCGUGCGGAGGGUCUUAUACCUUGAUAUCACACCUGACUGACUGCGUACAAGUCAUUUUUAUACUUGUUUCGGAAGUAUUGUGCCUUAAUGAUGCACCAAGUCUACAGGUGGCGCUAUCCGGAAUCAUUUAUUUAGUGUCAAGAAACUGUUUGUGAUGACGGUAUUGAUUGCAGCGUCGGUUUGUUCGGACGUGUCAUGACCGUUGGUUGAUUGUUUGAAACGGCUUUUUUGCCGAGCCCUGGCAUUCUCCUCGAGACGUGAGCCCGCCUGUGCUUUUGGUAUUUAUUCUGUUGCGCUGAAAGGGAGGGUGGAAAAGGUUAUGGUCUAUUGAGACCGACAGAGUCAGUCGUGAUGGGAGCGGCAUCAUUAGACUGUUUAUUCUUGGGAAAUGGAACUAUUAGCUGUGACAAGUUGGAAGAGGCCCCAUGCUCUUCGUCUAGAACCCCGCUCGUCAAGCAGGGUUAGAAUUGUUUGUGUUAUAGCGGCGACUACAGGGAUGAACACGAUUAACUAUCUAGAAUAGAGUAGGCUAGAUUUGGAGGGCGAAGAUCACGCCGUUGGAAACGCGACGAAAGCCCCACGGCCGGGGCCAUAGAUCUAUUAUGAUAGCCGUAGAUGGAACGGAGGUGCGGCGUCUCUAUCAUUCCCGAUGGCAGGGCUUCGCUUCUCUUUCAAUGUCACUUGAUGAACGCAGCUAUUAUUGCGAACGGAAGAAACUGAAGCCUGAG